AAAACAGUUACGCAUUGAGUAUUCUAAAGACUAAUUAUUCCUAUUAAUAUAUGACCUUUUUGAUAAAUUAUCAUUUUCUUACACCAGGAAGAAAAUGUCAGGACAGAUGGACAUGCCUACUUACAGGAACUGCCAGUAUCUCCUGGCCAGACCAAUUUACACCCAACCAACUUUCGAAAAGCAGAACAUGGAAAAAGCACCAAAAAAGAAUACCCGCAAAGUUUUCCAAAAGAGGUUACGGAAAACCUUCAGCUGUACAUCUGCAAAGGCUGUUCAUAUGGUCAAGAAAUAUAUCCCUCUGCUGGAUUGGUUGCCAAAAUAUAGCUGGAAGUCGUUGUUUGUGCAUGAUUUGGUUUCAGGAGUCAGCACAGGGCUGGUUGGUACCUUGCAAGGCCUGGCGUUUGCUUUACUUGCUGAAGUUCCAGUAGGAUAUGGAAUUUAUUCCUCUUUUUUUCCAAUUCUGACAUAUUUUUUCUUGGGAACUUCUAAACACAUUUCAGUUGGGCCAUUCCCAGUGAUCAGUUUAAUGGUAGGGUCUGUUGUUCUCUCCAUGGCUCCAGAUAAAAAUUUUAUUGUAUACAAUACUACAAAUAUUAAUGAAACAACGGAAAUGAUAAUCGACACAGAAGCCAGAGAUGCUGCUAGAGUCCUUGUAUCAGGAACGUUGAGCUUCUUAAUUGGAAUCAUACAGCUUGUGUUAGGAGCUCUUCAGUUUGGCUUCAUCAUAAGAUACUUGGCAGAGCCAUUAGUGCGAGGCUUUACCACAGGUGCUGCAUUCCAAGCAUUUAUCUCCCAAGUGAAACUGAUACUCAAUGUUCCCACAAACACCUACAGUGGAGUGUUGUCAACAUUUUACACAAUGAGUGACAUCUUCUCCAAUAUUUCUAAAACAAAUGUGGCAGACCUCCUUGCUGGACUUCUAGCAAUUUUUGUAUGUGUGGCAGUCAAGGAAAUUAAUGAGAGAUAUAAACAUGUUCUGCGCAUACCCAUUCCUAUAGAGAUAAUUGUGUCUUUAAUAGCUGCAUGGAUUUCAUAUGGAGCAGAUCUAGAAAAUAAAUAUAAUGCAGGCACAGUAAAGAAUAUUCCAAGUGGAUUCAUACCACCCAUGACACCAGAUGUGAGCAUGUUUCCACAAAUUAUUGGCUCAGCAAUUUCCAUUGGAAUAGUGGCUUAUGCUGUCGCUGUGUCAUUGGGAAAGGUUUUUGCCACCAAGUACAACUAUGUAAUUGAUGGAAAUCAGGAAUUUGUUGCAUUUGGAAUUAGCAAUAUAUUCAGUGGUGUUUUCUCUUGCUUUUGUGCCACAACUGCUUUGUCUCGAACAGCUAUUCAAGAAAGUACUGGAGGUAAAACUCAGAUUGCUGGUUUGAUAUCUGCUGCAACUGUCAUAAUUACUAUGUUUGUUCUGGGCCAAUUUCUUCAACCUCUACAGAAGUCUGUACUGGCAGCCAUUGUCAUAUCCAAUUUAAAGGGGAUGUUCUGGCAAGCCCUGGAUAUACCUCGUCUAUGGAAACAGAAUAAGUGGGAUGCAGCUAUCUGGAUCUUUGCAUGUUUUUCAACGAUCAUUUUGGAUCUUGAUUUAGGACUGUUGUCUGGAUUACUUUUUGGAUUAUUUACUGUAAUUCUGCGUAUCCAGUUCCCAUCUUGCCACUCCCUUGGAAAUGUUCCUGGUACAGAAAUCUACCGAGAUCUCAAGAAGUACAAAAAUGUUGUUGAACAGGAAGGAAUCAAAAUUAUUCGAUUUUCCAGUGGUAUUUUCUAUGGAAAUGUUGAUAGCUUUAAAAAUGGUAUAACAUCCAUUGUUGAAUUUGAUCCAGUUAAUGUUUUCAACAAGAGAGUCAAAGCACAGCUCAAGAUAAGUGAACUUAUCAAGCAAGGACAAUUAAGAGUAACAAAGAAUGGAAUUAUGACAAAUAAAAUCACAGAAGAUGAACAAUCAGAAUUUGAAGAAGAUUCACAACAAUAUGAAAAUCUUCAAAACAAAAAUGAAGAAAUGGAAUUCCAAGUAGACUGGAAUUCAGAUCUACCUGUAUUGAAUACUGUUCCUAAAAUCUUUAUUCACAGCAUAAUUCUUGAUUUUGGACACGUAAAUUUUCUUGAUGUUGUGGCAGUGACAUCCCUUAAAAUGAUUUUAAAAGAUUUCCGAAGAAUCGCUGUUGAUGUUUACUUUGCAGGAUGUGAUGAUGACAUUUUUGAGAAACUGGAAAUGUGUGGCUUCUUUGAAGAUAACAACAAAUCAGAUAUCUGUUUUCUGUCUGUACACGAGGCUGUAAUUUAUAUACUAAACCAGAGAGAGUUGUGUAGUGGUCAAAAUCCACUCAACAAGGUAGCAGUUGUGAAAAAUGAUCAUGCCAGUUCAUUAGAAAUGGAUCUCCAGGAUGAGGACAAAAGUUUAACCAGUAUAAGGACAUCUGGAUCUUCAGGAAGAUUGUCUUUACACUGAACAAAUAACCUUUUCAGUGGAUUCCAACAUUACAUUAACUCCUCCCUUUAAAAAAACAAACAAAAGAAAAUUCUAAAUACAAUUUUGCUGCAAUAACAAACAUGGUAUAUCUGUAUAUGACUGUCGAUAUCAAGCUGCUCAAGUUUUAGUACAAUAAUAAAGGGGUACUGUGUCCCCUAUACCUGUACAUUAUGUGGAUAUUAGAAAUCACUUGUACUUCUUAUUUUGGUAACAGAAGUCUAAGGUGACUUGUACUGUCCAUUUAUGUACAGCGGAACAUAAACAUACCUCAAAGAUACAUUUUAAAAUGUAACAAAAACAAAUGUGUACCUUUAAUUGAUGAUAGUUUCUGUAUUUAUAUCCAUAUAUGUAUACUUACUGCAUUUAGUAUAUUAAAUAUACUUUGAUUUGAAGAAUUUUUAGUUGAAACGUUUGACUAUGCAGGAAUAAACAAGAAUGGCUGUGCAAUGGAA